UUGCACAAGAAUUUGCUAUUAUAGACGAUAAUAUUAUUCUUGAAACUUUAACUGAUGAAGAUAUUAUACAAUCAGUACAGCCUACACAAAAUAAUAAUGAAAAAAAUGAAGAAAUAGUAUCUAUUCAACCUAUUUCUUCUAUGAUAGCAUUAUUAGCUUUAAAUAAUAUUUUAAGUUUUUUGAUUAAUCCACCUGAUAGAUUUGCUGUUGAAUUAAAAAAUCUUAUGGAAAUUUGUUCUUUACGAAGUCAAGUAAUGCUACAUAAUUUUAAUAGUAAAAAGCAAAAAUUGAUAUUAGAUUAUAUUGCAGUUUAA